AUGUUAGCUAAUCAAUUGAAAAAAAUAAACCAGUCAAUUAGAUUCCCCGCGAAACAAACUAGUUUUCCAAGUAAUAAUGAUCAUAAUCAAAGUGAGGAAUUACAGUAUUAUCGAUCAAUACAAUAUUUGAAUUCUUGCCUGUUAAAAUCAAUACAAUCAAAUUACACAUGUAAUAUAAUGCAAGGUGUUGAUGUUAAUUAUUCUUCUGAGAGGAAGAAAGAAUCUUCAUCAGAUUAUAAGACAAAGAACUUGUCGCAUACACCAGAGAUAAUGAGAAAUGAGAUUCUAACUGGUAAACUCCCGAUAUCCACAACAAUCCCAGCGAACAUAUCACCAUCAUCCUCAUCACCGUCAUCACUAUCUGUGUCACUCUCAUCACCAUGUACCUCAUCGUCAUCAGCAUGCAGUGAAUCAAAAGUAAUUCAGUGUCCAAUGAAAGAUUUAUUCACUUGCAAACAAGGCAGAGAAGAAACGUGUUGCAAAAAGCAUGAAAUAGGUGAAUCAAUAAAUGAAUGUCAUUAUUCGCCUACAGAGGACCCUUCAUUAAUUUCGAAUUUUCCAGAUUCAAACUCAGAUGGUAAUCAGUCUUCAAAUCAUUCACUGAUCACUAGCAACAAUAUUACUAUUCAUAAUGAAGAAAUAAAAUCCAAUUUAAAUUAUACAAUUGAUCGGAUUUUGCUAUCAGAGCAAGAAUCCUCCAUCAAAUAUUCCCCUGACUCGAAUUCAAUGCUUAAGGCAUCAAACCACCCAAUGAAUACUGUGACAAAUACGAAAGGAUUCAGCAAUUCAACACAAUUGAAUUUAGAUGACCUUAAUGGGAGAAAUCAGAGUUUUGUAAGCAAUGGGUGGUUAACUAGUAUCAAUAAUUCUCCUGUUAAUUUCACAUUACCGUCAACCUUGUGUUUUCCGUCAACGUUGCCUGCAGUGUCAUCAGCAUCGUCUUUUUCAUACCCUCAACCAGGAUUUCAAUUUUGGUUCGGGAUAUUCUAUCAAUUGUGGUUGGAUCAGCUGAAUCAGACUCAAUCUAAACCGAUUGAUUUCAGUCAGCCUGUCUCAUCCAGGAAUUCAAACAAUGUUAACACUCAUGGCAAUGACGGUAAUGAAACAAGAAAUGAUCCUUUUCCACUAAGCGCGCUGGUGAAACCUUCAGUUAAUACAACAAAUGAUUGUGGUAGACUAGAAAGUUUCGCAGAAAAUUUACUUGUAUUACCGUCCCAUCUGAAAGAGAACUCCUAUUACACAGCGGAUUCAUUAUCACUGAACACCAAUUCUACACUGUCUCCACAGUCUUGUUGUACGGUAAAUGAUGUCAACAAUAAUAAAUCUCAUUAUGGUAACAAUGUAAACUCCGUCUCAGAAUGCAUUCAGUCACCUUUAUAUAAGUUGUAUGAAAAUUAUACAAAUUAUAAUACAGUCCUCUUCAAUGAUUAUGAAAAGAAUACUCAGUCAAUCCCUCCACCUCCUGCAACACUAACAAAUGACGGUGCAAAUUUAAAUGGAUAUGAUUAUCUUCAGACUAGCUUAUUGACAUUUCAAAUGAACAAAACUUCCACUUGCAGUAAUACUCCUUUAAUAACGACACCUACACAUCCACGUACGAAACUGGGCGAUCAGCAUGAUUAUAAUUAUUCUAUAUCUACCACAAUUCAGUCUACUCCUCGUCAAUCAACAACUGAAAAUUCAAAAUAUCCUAUUAGCAAUGCACAUAAAUCAUCGAUUUUGCCUAAUUAUAGAUUACAUUCGAAUUACUCAAGGUUACGCAGUAAAUCACUGAUUGGUGGCAGUGAUUCAAGUGAUAGCCUACAACAGCGUGGUUAUAGAGCCUUACCAUUUCCAUUAACAAAGCGUGAUGGUCGUAUGCACUAUGAAUGCAAUAUAUGUCGUAAAACGUUUGGACAGUUAUCGAAUUUAAAGGUGCAUUUACGUACACAUACAGGUGAGAGACCAUUUCGUUGUGACACAUGCCAUAAAGGCUUUACACAGUUGGCUCAUUUACAAAAGCAUAAUUUAGUGCAUACCGGUGAAAAACCUCAUCAAUGUACAGUUUGUGAAAAACGUUUUAGUAGUACCAGCAAUUUGAAACGCAUUUACGAUUGCAUAGCGGUGAAAAACCUUUCGCAUGUAAAUUAUGUACAGCCAAAUUUAGUCAAUUUAUUCAUUUGA